UUUGUUACUUCCUGUAGACGGAGCUUUACUUCCGCUUCCAAGGAGGCAAAUUUCACAAAUUAUGAUUACUGUUGCACACUGACUAGUUAUCGAAAUGUCUUUUAUGACGGCAGGAAAUUACCAGUUUAGCAAGAAAACAGCAGCAACAAUUCUAAAUCUUGUAUUAUUUCUGAUAGUUGCACUAGCCUGGACCUAUGUGAUCAUUGCAGGACGGCAUGCAUCAAUUCAGUACUUGAGACAGUUGAGGUGAAAUGUGAACAAGCCAUCAGAAAGCAUGGAAGUGAUUAACGAGAGCAAGUCUAUGCUCAGUAACUUUGAGGUUCUGAGUUUACUUACAGACAUUCAAACUGGCAAAGGACAGCGCAAGCCCAACAAGCACCAGCAGAAUCUGGCAACAAUAACAUACGAAGCAGUGAAAUAUUUAGAAGGGACACCAUGUAAACUUCAAGAUUCUGAAAGUAUUCAGAAGUUCAUGGACGCCAUAAAGCCCUAUAAAUUAACAAGAGCUGAAAAGCUUCAGUUGCUUAAUCACCGUCCAUCAACAGCCGUUGAGAUUCAGAUUAUGAUAGAAGAAAGUGAGGAGAGAUUGACGGAGGACCAGAUCUAUGAAUUGUUAGACCUUCUUUCCAAAUAUCUGCCGGUUGACAAAGAGGAAGAAAUGGAGCAGGAUGAAGAAGAUGGGGAGGGAGAAGGGGAAGAAGAAGAAGAAAGUUAGCGAUGGGAGGGUUUAGGUUCGAACACUGCUUUUAACAUUGCUGGUGUAGAUAUUUAUAACUUAGUAGUUUUAAGUACGUUCAUGAAAUACACUGUAUCUAUGUAGAUUGUGUGAUUUUCUUACAAAAUGAUUAUUUAUUGAUAAAGAAGUACAGUUGUCACCCCAAAGCUGGAAUAGUUAAAGUCAAGUGGAUACGCAAUGGUUGAAAUAGCAGUAAUUAUUACGUAGUUUCCCAUCAUCACUGUGCAGGUUCAAGCUUAUUUUUGAAACAGUCUGUCUGUGAUGUUAUUUCCUAAACCUAGCAAUUUAUCGACUUUGUCUUAAAAUGAACGUUUCUGAAACUAUAGUUUCUGUAUCAAAUUUUGUUACCAUGGUAAACAUUAGUAUUAUUUUCCAGUUUGCCAGUUUAUGAUUUAAUCAUCAUUAUCAAUUAUGAAAAUUUUUACAAAUGACUUUUAGUGUUAUCCAAAUGUUGAUGUUGAGUUUUAAGACUUUGUCACAUGUUAUUUAGAAAGUGUUAUGAGUUUUGAGGAAAGCAGUACAUAUCAUAUAUAUUCAGUCAUCGUCAGGCAUCAGGCUCAUUCCAGGGCUAGGAAUCUACUAUAAAUCCUUAACUAAAAACUAAAUGUGUGUAUUUCAGCAGUUCCCCAGGCUGUAUUUGUUCAAGGCAGACCUGUUCACAGUGUCCAAAUUCAGUCUCAUUUAAAUCAGAUCUUUUACUCCUCCCUGCAUGAAGAUCUGACAAAAGCUCUCAGUAGGAGGUUGCUUCAGGUGAAUUUUCUCAUCAGCAACUUUGCAUUGAGGUUUCUAAUUUCUCAGAGUGAGCGAAGCUGCAUCAUGCUACUUUGUGGAUGUUUUUUUACCCACACAUCCUUUAUUUUGAUUAGCUGUAGGGGGUGGAGAUCAAAGUUCGCUAAAUAUUCACCUGGCAAGACCUAUUGAUGGUUGUCAGAUCUUUAUGCAGAGAGGUAUCCCACUGAAGUAAAAGACCUGAUUUUAAUGAGAUUUGGUCCAAGUUAGCGUGACAGUUUCUCGUUAAUUUAUCAUUGAGUAGUAGUAAGAUGUGGACUGUUUGUUUGAUCGCUAUAAGCUCUGCUUCCAAUUAUUAUUGAAGGAAGAUAUCCAAGGCACACAUUUAAAACAAAUUUAUGUUCUUGUUUUAUGAACUUUCUUGGUCAGAAUACCUGCUUUGAUAUUGAUGGAAUAUUGCUAAAAGCGGCGUAAAACCAUACACACUCACUCGCUUGGUCAGAAUGCCAAGAGGUAGGUGGCAAAGUGAAACAAAUGUAUACAUGUUUUCAAGAUGUUGUCAGGGAUCUUUUUCGAUAAAUUUUCCCCAAUAAAACUUCUUGCAAUAGAUAUUUACUCUAUUUGCAAAUGAAUUUGCAAUAAGUUCUGUAUACAGUAUUCAGAACACUAUACCAGUUUACUCAAACUUGCCGUUCAAGGCUACAAGAAUUUGAAUUGUUCAACAACUUCCUAAACCCAACUCCGACCAGACUGAAUUUGUGAGAAUGCAUUUAUCAAUGUGUUUGAUUUAAGAUAGACAGAAAGCAUGAUAAGCAUUAAACUUUAAUGUGAUCUAAUAGAAACAUGAUUGUUAAACCAGUUUUAUAAGACUUAAUGUUAGGGUAAUUUGAUAGUAGCUGAAAUUGCUGUCUAAGAAGAAAUGUUUGAAGUUGAUGUAAUUGUCAUGCUUGAUUCAUUGCUCAUUGUUUCCAAGUUCAUUGAUUUGUAUUUUCAUUAAAUGCAUAAAUUUG